ACCGUUGGCCGGCGAUCCGGAAGCAAUGCCUCGAGAUCCGGAAGUUGGCUGCGCCGGGGCGAAGAUGGCGGCGGUUCUGGGCAGUUUCCGCGCGUUUUCCAGCGGCAGGUCGUUGUUCCGGCUGAACCAGGCUAGUCGAAUUCCAGUUUUGAAUUAUGCCAGCCACAAUAUAACAAUCGUACAUCUUUGUGGUAAAAGUCUAGCAUUGAUGCCUUCAGCAGGAAUCUAUUUGAGGUGUCCACAUUAUAGCACAGCUCCCCUGGUAACAGUAUCAGAUGAACCUGAUGCACUGUAUAAGAGGAUUUCUGUGUUGGUAAAGGGCCAUGAUAAAGCUGUACUGGAUAGCUAUGAAUAUUUUGCUACACUUGCUGCGAAAGAGCUGAAUAUCACCGUUGAUAAAGUGUAUGAACCUGUAAAGAAAAUUGAUAGAAUGACACUUCUCAAAUCUGUUCAUAUUUUCAAGAAGCACAGAGUUCAGUAUGAGAUGAGAACAUACUACAGAUGUAUAGAGAUCAAACAUUUAACUGGAAGCACUGCAGAUGUGUACUUGGAAUAUAUUCAGCGCAAUCUUCCAGAAGGCGUUGCAAUGGAAGUGACCAAGACUUUGUUAGAAAAGCUACCGGAGCAUAUUAAAGAACCUAUCUGGAGAAUUCACUCUUCAGAAAAUGAUGGCAAACCAGAUAGUUAAAGCCUGUGGACAUUUUCCUGUAACUGUUUAUUGUAUUUAUUUUAAAAUACCUUAUAAAUGAACUCUUGGCCAAGUGUUUCAUCUUUGUGUUGGAAUAGCUGGUCUGUAUAUCCUGAAGUAAAAAUUUAUAAAAAACUUAGAUGCUGCAUAGAAGUCUUAGGAAAUUCUAUGUGGAGCUACUAAAGUGUAGUAUGUAUGUAAUAUGUUGGAAAUUAAUUAAACAUUCGGGUAUUUGUCCAAGUACCCUGAAUUAGAAAUGACUAAAAAAAAAUCAAUAAAUUUGUUUGCCAGUAAGGCUACCGAGACUAGUUCAGGGGAUGUGGUGAGAUUAAUGUGGUGACAUGGGGUGGGAGGAAUUUCCUUGCACUGACCCAGACUUGCUGGCUACACUGUGACACCGGUUGAUGCUAUCUAAGUAAUAUUAAUUACAAAACCAGAAUUUCUGUAUAAUCGCCAAUGCAUUAUUUAUAAUAAUUAGGGUUUUAUUGUUUAUCCCCUGGUAUGCAGUCCAACGACACUUUAUUUUGGUCAAUAAGUUCAUUAUACUUAUGGAAAAUGGACUCCUAUACUUUGCCACCAUGGCUGGUGUUAACUGUAACCUAAUGUGGAGACAUGAGAUAAUGUUUUAGGAGGAAAAGAAAGAAAUGGAGGUAUACAUUAUAAAGGAAGAUGCUGGUUGAUGUUGAUUAGCAGGGACAGCUAAAGGCUCAAAUACAUAAUUCCUUGAAGAUGCACAUAAAACAGGAUGAAGCUAUAAGAAGUCCAUAGUAUUUUCAAUAUUACAAAUAGGAGCACAGUAUCUAAAGAGGAAUUAAUAAAUUUGUGUAAGAUAAUGGCUAAGCUAAAGUUUCAGAACUGUGUCUAAAUUUGGAUGCAUCUCGAAAGAACAUCAAAUCAACAUACAACAGAGAUUCACCCAGUUGAUACUACUUUCAACAAGCUAAUCAUAAUACAGUAUUAGAGUGUGUGACUGUUUCCAUCAGCAGGUAAGACAAAUAAACACUGAUUCAAUAUAUAGAAAAAUGCAAUAAAGAAUUGAUUAGAAAGGAUUCAUCUAUUUGGAAGAGAUUGAGAUAAAUUUCUUGUAUUGCUACUACCAAAGCUUUGCUGCAGUGAAUGGUUGAGAUGGAGGCCUUUAUACUUAUUAAGUGAAAAACUGAAUAACUGAAGUAGGCGAUAACAGCAAGACAUCACAAAUUUUCUUUAAUCACUCUUAACAAAGAGCUAACACACACAUAAUCUAAAUGGCUUGUGUUGUAAAUUUUAAAUAUGUAUAUGCCUGAAGUGGUAUAUAUUUGCCAGUUGUCUUUUCUCAUUUAUCCUCAGGAAUUGGUAAUGCUGUCAAAGCCAGCAUGUUUCUAUAAGUAUAAUUUCUACACUUACAUACUUCUAACAUUGUAAAACCAGGUAAUUGGACAAAUCAAAUUAAAUGUAAGCGAAUAUCUGAAAUAUUGAGGCGAUUAGCAUAAUUAUGGAUAGUGAAAUAAAUAAAGCAGCUGCUUAAAUUAGAAAUUUCUGUAUACACUAAAUUGAGAAUUAUUUAUAUCAGAUGGUAUAUGUUUAUCAUAUAUAUCUUAUUUCCACAUCUUGGACAUAUAAAAUAAAAUUUACCAUUAGCUUUGAAAUGGAAUUUAUCUGCAGAUAAAUAGAUACUUCACUAGGUCCCUAAUUCUGUGUUUCCACACUUUAUUCAUGAAGUAUCAUGUUUAAAAUCUAGACACUAUUACAAUGCUGAACAAUCCUGGUAAAAACAAUAAACUCCCUCCUUUCUUUGUUCACAGUUGGUGAUUAAAUAAAACCAGAAAAAAAACUUUCUGAACA